CAAGAGAAGUGAAAAUUCUCGUGUCGUUAUUAGGGACAAUGACUCUACUCAUUUUGACUAAUAUUACGAUAUGGGAUUCUGACAUUGAUAUUCUUAAAAAUAGUGAUAUCAUUAUGGAGCACAUUCAGAAAAAUGUCAUAUCAAAUUCUUCAGUCCACACAAUUUUCUUGUGUUAUUCAAGUUCUAAUGUUACAAAAAUAUACUGUUUUUUUAAUGUAUUUCUUCAAUAGAGGUUUCUCCAUGAUAAAUACAAACAGAUUGUCAACAUUGAGUAAUGUAAUUUUGACAGUAAAAGAUCAAGCAAAAGGAUGAAAGAAAAUAACCAAUAAAACACGUAUUUCUCUGUAGAAUCAUGCAAUCGAUCAAUUAUAUGGAUCUUUUAUGUGGUUGAUGUCAAAACUUGCCAGAUGUUCGAUCGAAAGUCGUUCGUGUCUUUCUCAGUUCAACAUUUUCAAGUUGAAUAACUAAAUAGCAACUUACUGACAUUGAAUAAUUUUUUGGCUUAAAAUAAUAUUUAGAUACACUAAAUGAACGUGAUUCAUUAAUUGAAACUGUUUUUCCUAAAUUCAAAGAUUAUUGUCGUGAAAAAUACGGUCUUGAAUUUCAGAUUUACAACGAAAGAUAUUCAUUGAUUCAUUCAAUCAUUAUUCUCUCAUUUGGAGUAGGCUGAUAUGCGUUGGAGAAUUUAAUUACAAUUAAAUAAUAGUCAUACUGAAGUUGAAGCAUAUCUAAAUGAAAUUGAAAUAUGCAAAAAAUAUUCACUAGCUACAAAUUUUCUGAUCAGUUAUCAUUAAUUAUUUAUUCAAAUUAUUGAUUCAACAAUUUCCUACAUAGGUUCUCUUGAGUCAUCGCUAUGGAUCUCGACCAACACCAUCAACAAUUCGUAGAUUUCUAUUUGAAUUAUUGCUCGAAAUUAUUCGUUCAAAUUCGAAUGAUGAUGAUGCUAAACUACUUUCACAAUGGUAUCAACUUGAUACAAAUCAAAUACCGGCUGCUUAUGUACUUCGUUCGAUUUCAUCAUCAUUUUCAAAUAUAUUAUCUCCCGUAGUAUUCAUAGAAUUUGAUUGA